GCGGUGUGUGGCGCGGAGAGCCAGAGCCCGCUCCCUGUGCCCCAGAGCCACCUCAGCUGGUUCCGAAGCCAAGCUCUUCCCGCCCCACCGAGCCCUCUGCAGCCCUCCGCCUCCUCUCGGCCCCGCAUCCGCCCCCGGGGCAAUGAAACUGGCCGCGAUGAUCAAGAAGAUGUGCCCCAGCGACUCUGAGCUCAGUAUCCCGGCCAAGAACUGCUACCGGAUGGUCAUCCUCGGCUCAUCUAAAGUGGGCAAGACGGCCAUCGUGUCGCGUUUCCUCACGGGCCGCUUCGAGGACACCUACACCCCCACCAUCGAGGACUUCCACCGAAAGUUUUACUCCAUCCGCGGGGAGGUCUACCAGCUGGACAUCCUGGACACGUCCGGCAACCAUCCGUUCCCCGCCAUGCGGCGCCUCUCCAUCCUCACGGGAGACGUUUUCAUCCUGGUGUUCAGCUUGGACAACCGCGACUCAUUCGAGGAGGUGCAGAGGCUCAAACAGCAGAUCCUAGAUACCAAGUCCUGUCUCAAGAACAAAACCAAAGAGAACGUGGACGUGCCCCUGGUCAUCUGCGGCAACAAGGGGGACCGGGACUUCUACCGCGAGGUGGAGCAGCGGGAGAUCGAGCAGCUGGUGGGCGCCGACCCCCAGCGCUGCGCCUACUUCGAGAUCUCGGCCAAGAAGAACAGCAGCCUGGACCAGAUGUUCCGCGCGCUCUUUGCCAUGGCCAAGCUGCCGAGCGAGAUGAGCCCCGACCUGCACCGCAAGGUGUCGGUGCAGUACUGCGACGUGCUGCACAAAAAAGCUCUGAGGAACAAGAAGCUUCUGCGCGCGGGCAGCGGCGGCGGCGGCGGCGACCCCGGCGACGCCUUUGGCAUCUUGGCGCCCUUUGCGCGCCGACCCAGCGUGCACAGCGACCUCAUGUAUAUCCGCGAGAAGACCAGUGUCGGCGGCCAGGCCAAAGACAAGGAGCGCUGCGUCAUCAGUUAGGAGCCCCCCCCCCCCCCCCCCCCCCCCCC